CCGUCGGUUAUCGCCAAUACGAAUUUGUUGCGUGUGUAUGUUGGGAGAGCCAUUGACAGUGACGCCAUUUUUACGCACUGUCAUAUGGUCAUUCGAAGGAUUGCCGCAGUGGCUGUGGAAUCUUUUAGACUGAGUUGUAAAUAUCCCGAAAAGAUCCAGCAACGGAUAACCUCUGAGCCACCCGGACUUCCCCCGCCGGGUCGGGAUGGCGACGUGGGACGGCUCGUACCAGGGUGUUUCCCAGGAGGACCCAAACCGCUACUUCGCAACGUCGCAGCCUGCCCAACUGUACUACACCAACACCCUGACCCCGUGUCCCCAAUCAAAUGGUUACCAGAACUCCGGAGGAUCCGGUUACUACGAUACUACUUGUCCGCGAAACUCAGCACCACUUCUAGCGUCCCAAUCAACGCUCCACGCAGGUGCGGACGAGUUCGUGCCUUCUGGAGGUGUCACCGAGCCAUCAAAAAUCUUCUUCGCAGACAAUAGAAAUCGAAAUACACGAUCAAAAAGAAACAAUCACUACCAACGUCAGCAUGAUGACUACCCCAGAGCCUACACCAGAGGAGAUAAAUCUCGUCGAGGUCAGAGUUCUACGUUUUACUCACCCCCGGAGUGCGAUCAGACCCCGGAGGACGAGUUGACCAACAAUUUACAGGUGCGGGAGUCCCCAAGAGGUAGCUACAACAGCAGAAGACCCCGGAGUCACGGUAGAUUCACCAGUGAGCGUUACAAUCAGCAAUUCAGUCAGUUCACCCCUUCAAGCAGCGAUCAGUUCUCCCGGGGAGGACCUCCGCUGGACAACGACAAUCAGAAGGGCCCCAAGGCCCGUCAGAGGUACAGCGAGGACCCUAGAGACGAGGGCUAUCGUCGGAAUCCCAUCAACGAGCCGGAAAAUCCCCCCAGAAAGAACAGACGUCGACAUAAGAAUGACUUCUACGAGGAGAAAUCAUCGAAAAAGGACAAACGCAAGGAUUAUCAGGAGUUCAAUGGCUACAGGGGCUACUCGGAGAAAAAGGACCGGAAGAGGAGCCCUGAGGGUGAUGAGAGGAACUGGAGAAAGGGAUUGGUCCCCAGUGGGAGGAGGAGUGGGAAGAGGAUAGAGCUUGAUGAUGCCAAGAGCCAGAAGGAGAGACUCACUGAUCAACUGAACAGGGGACAACUGGAGUGUCUGGUUUGCUGCGACUACAUCAGACAGAAUGAUGAAAUAUGGGCCUGCAAUAAUUGUUAUCAUGUGCUGCAUCUCAAGUGCAUCAAGAAGUGGGCGGAAUCGUCGCAGGGGGAGAAUGGCUGGAGGUGCCCUGCUUGCCAGAAUAUUAAUAACGUUUUCCCGGAGGAGUACUAUUGCUUUUGCGGAAAGACCAAGGAUCCGGAGUGGAAUAGGAGGGAUGUAGCUCACUCCUGCGGAGAGGUCUGUGCAAGAUCGAGGGCGAAAAACGGUUGUGUUCAUAAGUGCACGUUGCUGUGUCACCCUGGCAGUUGUCCCCUCUGCACAGCAAUGGUGACAAAAUAUUGUGGCUGUGGCAGGACAUCGCAGAGUUUGAAAUGUAGUAGUGAUGUGCAGGUGACGUGCGAGGAGAUAUGUGGGAAGAUGCUCAAUUGUGGUGUAGACAAGUGUGAGAGAAAGUGCCAUCACGAUGCAUGUGGUGAUUGCGAGAAGAAGGUGGAGCAAAUCUGCUACUGUGGGAAAGAGAAGAGGGAGGUGGAGUGUGUGAAGGAUGCUGAGAGCAUGUUCUCCUGCGAGGAGAGUUGUGGGAAGAUGCUGGAGUGCGGAAAUCAUCGGUGCAAAGAGAAUUGUCAUCCUGGUCCCUGUGGUGCCUGCCCCUUAAAGCCAGAGUCAGUAACCCACUGCUGUUGCAGUCAAACUCCUCUCACAACCCUCCGCACCUCCUGCCUUUCUCCCAUCCCAACCUGUUCAAAAAUCUGUUCAAAACCCCUGCGCUGCGGCCAGCCAAGUGCCCCCCACAUCUGUCCCUCCCCCUGUCACCAGGAUACUUGUCCACCCUGCCCCCUCACCACCUGGGUGAAGUGCAGAUGCGGAAACAUGGACCGUGAGCUUCCCUGUAUCGACUUGAAAACCAAAGCAGACGACGCUCGGUGCGAAAAAAAAUGCGCGAAGAAGCGAUCAUGUGGUAAACACAAGUGCAAUCAGCACUGUUGCAUCGAUAUCGAGCACGUCUGUCCCCUCCCCUGCUCCAAGACUCUGAGCUGUGGUCGUCACAAGUGCGAGUUGACUUGUCACAAAGGUAGAUGUCAUCCCUGCUACAGGAGUAGCUUCGAAGAGCUCUUCUGCGAGUGUGGAGCAGCUGUUAUAUAUCCCCCCGUUCCAUGUGGCAGUAGGAGGCCAACUUGCACUCGUCCCUGCUCGCGGCAGCAUCCAUGUGGUCACGAGGUCCUUCACAACUGUCACAGCGAACCCAUUUGCCCACCCUGCACUGUUCUCACGCAAAAAUGGUGCUAUGGCAAGCAUGAACUACGAAAAGCUGUCCCCUGUCAUCUGAACGAAAUGUCCUGUGGAAUGCCCUGUGGCAAGCCAAUAUCUUGUGGAAGACACAAGUGCAUUACCCUUUGCCAUCCUGGCCCCUGUGAGAAGGCUAAUCAGGUGUGUGUUCAGGCAUGCACGACACCUAGAGAAAUGUGUGGGCAUCCUUGUGCUGCUAAUUGUCAUGAGGGCAAGUGUCCUGAUAUUCCCUGCAAGAUCAGUGUUAAAGUUACCUGCACCUGCGGACACAGAAGUACAACGAGGGUGUGCGCUGACAACUCCAAGGAAUAUCAGAGAAUUGCCAGUGGUAUUCUGGCGAGUAAAAUGGCGGAUAUGCAGCUAGGGCACUCGGUGGAUCUUGAAGAGGUGUUUGGACAGGGUGUCAAGAAGCAGAAUCAGCUGAAGACGCUUCCUUGUAAUGAUGAGUGUGCGCUGAUCGAGAGAAAUCGAAAAUUGGCACUGGGAUUGCAGAUUGUCAAUCCUGAUUUGAGUGGAAAGCUAAUGCCCAGGUACAGCGAGCAUAUGAAGGGAUGGGCCAAGAAGGAUCCACACUUUUGUCAGAUGGUACAUGAGAAACUCAGUGAACUUGUGCAACUGGCAAAGACCAGCAAGCAGAAGAGCAGGAGUUACUCGUUUGAUAGCAUGAAUAGGGAUAAGAGGCAGUUUGUUCAUGAAAGUUGUGAACAUUUUGGAUGUAAGAGUCAGGCGUACGAUCAGGAACCCAAGAGAAAUGUCGUUGCGACUGCUGUUAAGGAUAAGUGCUGGUUACCAGGUUAUAGUUUAUUGGAGAUGGUUCAGAGGGAGAAUGGCCAGCGAAAAGUGCCAAGACCAAUGCUCAACACUGCUAGGACCAACAUUUCAACUUCUCGUACUUCAGAAGUUCUGCCGUCAACUGCCAAAAUGAGUCAGAAGCUACAGCCAGUGGCUUCGUCAUCUAAAUCACCGGAGCAAGAGAUCGACUACUUCGACUUUCCAAAUUCCAGACUAACGUAAAUUAUUUUUUCCAUUUAAUUUUUUUCUCGCGCAACUUCGGUCAUCAUCGACAGAUGGUACUUCCCCGAAAUCACUGAUCAAUAUCUUUACAUAAUUUAUUAUAAUUUGGGUUAUUGGAGAGAUCAACGGGAAUAUGGAAUUUGCUUUCGUAUUGCAUGGUUCUAAAGAAAUAAUUCAUCGCCUCGUGGAUGGACGAACUUCAGUGAUUAAAAAAAAAUACAGGAUAAUAUCGAGAUAAUCUCGUUUGGUGCCCUUUCAUGUGGAAUUAUGUAUGUCGAAUGGGGAUGGAACUUUCAGGUGUCCAAACGAGGUCGAAUCAGUUGGUGAAGUACUAACAAUGGGAUCAAAUUAUUCAGAUUCUUUCCAAAAUCGACAAAAAAUGAAUGAGGUUACUUUUUAAAUUAAAUUGAGACCGUAAACAAUUUUUUAUCUGUCACUCUCUGCUUCUUUCACUGUAAAGAACUCUAGUAAUUUGUAAAAAACAAACUGCUCAUAUAGUCUUAGCAGAGAUUUAAAAUUUCAUCAGAUACGUUUUGAGUUUCUCUGCGGAGCCGGUGAUCCAUAGAUUUUGGAAAAAAUCUGACGGUCAUUGCUACUCAUUCCGUUAUCUCCCACCACUUUGCUGGCAAAAAUUAUCAAAGUGCACAAGAAGCACAUCAAUCACGUCAUCCGCAGUCUCUCAAUGACCAGAGAGCGUCUAGCAAAGUUCAAUCGAAUUGUUCAAUUAUAAUUAGUUAGGAAGAAAAUUCUGAAAUAUAACGAAAUAAGUAAUUGAGAAAAAAACAA